AUGCCGGGCUCUGUGGCCCUCCUCCUGCUCCACCCGCUGAUUUCUAAAGGGUCUGCCAGAGGGUGCGCAGGGGACACGGAGGCCGGGAGGAGGAGGCGGGCUCAUCCCUGGCGGACACUGCGCCGGGGUGCGGGGUCCUUUCCCCUGCGACAGCAGCUGGCCCCCGGCUCCAGCUUUGCCACCCCAGCCAGUACAGUGACAACACCCGCAGCAGGGAAGCCCCUCGCCACGCCCAGCCCCUUGGCCCCCGGGUCCGGUCCCCAAGUUCCUCGCGCCUCUUUCUCCUCAGCCGUCAGCCCCAGCGCCCUUCGCGACCCCGCCGCUCCCGGAAACCGUAGCUCCCGGGGAUCAGGAGCCGCCCCGGGGUCCCCGCGGCCCGCUCCCUCCUCCCGGGAGCCCCGGGAGCGCAGGCGCACGCGUGGGCCUCAGCGGCGCAGGGCCCGGGAGACGCAGCCGGGUCGGGGCUCCCCACGCCGGCCCACCUCCGGCCCCUCCCUCCCGGGUCCUCCCCGCGUCCGCGCUCCCCCGCCCUCGGACACGCCCCCGUCGCCCCGCCCACCAAGCAAGGUCCCGCCCACCGAGGCCAGGCCCCGCCCCCGGCUCGGAGUGGUUCUCCCCGCGUCCACACUCCCCCGCCCUCGGACACGCCCCCGUCGCCCCGCCCACCAAGCAAGGCUCCGCCCACCGAGCCCAGGCCCCGCCCCUGGCUCUGAGUGGUUCUCCCCGCGUCCACGCUCCCGUGCCCUCGGACCCGCGCUUAUGCUUUGCCACGCCCAGGUCCUUAUCAAGCCAGGCCCCGCCCACCAAACCAGGCCCCGCCCACCCGGCCCCGCCCCAGUCCAGGCCCCGCCCCCGCGGUCCUCUUAA